AACCACCUCUUCGGAAUUUUUGCUUACACAUCCUCCUCCUCGACGUGAUUCAGUAAAUACCGUUAAAGCAUACGGUUAAAACCUUGUUCUACUUGUUAACUCCUGCACGUUAUCGUCGUUACCCAUCAUUGUUUAAUGAUUUUAAUUCCGUCGUGAAACAUCUAAUUGUUACAGUGUUAAUGUAGUUUUACUCUCAUGCAUUCCAAGGCAAGGUCAAGGUGAUUUCAAUCUGGAACACCUGCUGGUUGGAAGAUUAGGCAUUGAAACCGUUUUGGAAUAAUUUCUUAAACGGGAUGUUUUCUGAAUACGAGAGUGAAUGGCAUGCUAUUUUCGAUUUAGAGUUUGUAAAGUAAAAUUAUUACAUCUCGAGAAGACGUUUAGAUAACUGUUAACACAAAGUAAACUUGUUUAUUUGCCAGUGCAUUAAAAUAUUUACAGUGGCGAUAAUGACGCUCCACGUUAGGCUAUUAAGUCAAUUUGCGUUUUUUUUUAACUGACGCGUAAUGGAAAUAACGGUCCUUGGACUAUUAGAGAGUGUCAUCAAUUAUAUCAUUAUUUAACAAUUUUUUAAAAUUUUUGAUUUUGAAACACAUGCCUAGCUAGGCAACCAAUGAUACAGUCGUAAUAGUUCGGAGUUUGUCCGUCAAGUGCGCCAAAUUUGGCGCGAAAAAUAGGCAAUUUUUGUGCAAAAACCGGUGUAUUGCCCCCAUGGACGAGUUCCCCAAUUCUGACGAUGAGUUCGAGCUUAUGUACGGCGACGAUCUCGAGGUGCUCCAUGAGCAGGGAGACGUCCAAAGGACUCCAAGAAAAUCGCGCCGAAGUCUUGAAUUCACCCAAACCCCAGUCUCCCACAACGAUAACUCCUUCAGUGAUGCUUUCACCCCCCUUGAAGCCCCCGUUCCCGAGCUUAACACAAAUAAGCGUUCAAUUGAGGAGUUGUUUGGCGACAUUGACGAUAUUUUGUACGAAAAUCGGGCGAAUGCGAAGCGAUACAAAGGUGAUAAUGCGGACGAGCUAGCGCUAAUUGAGCACAUAGUCGAGCUGCGUAAACUAAACCGGGAGCGUGACGCCCCGGAAAUUUUCCGGAAAGCCCACGUUCAGAGCAUAGACAGGGCCAAAGACAACCUGUCGUACACCGUCCCGAGUUACCCCUUCGUGGGGGUGACGCGGGUCGACGGCCGCCGGUUGUACAUCCGGUGCCACUCCGAACAGUACGAACUGGAGGAGCGGCAAAAAAUCGUCCAAGAAAUCAACCUCGCGUGCACUUUGGGGCCCAAUGACGGCCUCUGGGCCGAGGCCCAAGACCUGAUUUUGAAACAGGCCACAGCCCCCGACCUGGAGCAGUGCUACCAACCCGGCGAUAAAGAACUAUGGGUUGACUUGUACAAACCGCGCAAAUAUUUCGAACUUUUGAGCGACGAAAGCACCAACCGGAUAAUGCUGCGUUGGCUGAAGCUUUGGGACAAGGCCGUUUUCAAGCGGCGCCCCAAAAUCAAGCCAAUCAAACCGGCGGAAAAAAAUAAAAAAAUGUUUAAAGCCCCCGAUCUUUGCACGGAUUUGGACGAACACGGGCGUCCGCUCCACAAAAUCGCGCUACUGUGUGGGCCCCCAGGGCUCGGGAAGACCACUCUGGCCCACAUGGUGGCAAGGCAUGCGGGCUAUAACGUGGUGGAGGUGAAUGCGUCCGAUGAUCGCAGUUGCGAGGCUUUUAAGACAGCUCUGGAGAACGCGACGCAAAUGCGCUCGGUUGUGGAUCAGGAGAGGCGCCCCAAUUGUCUCGUUUUUGACGAGAUCGACGGGGCGCCCCCUUCCUCUAUUGACUAUCUCGUCAAGUUCGUGCAAGGGGGCCCCAGCGGCAGGAAGAAACAGAAGGAGAGGAAUGUCUUGAAACGGCCGAUUAUCUGCAUUUGUAACGAUGUUUACGUGCCGGCGCUGCGCCCCUUGAGACAAAUCGCGUUCGUUGUCAAUUUUCCGCCCACUUCUAACACGAGACUUGCCGAACGGUUGAUGGAAAUUGCAAAGUGGCAAAAGGUCAAGACUGACAUGGGGGCCAUGCUAGCCUUGGCCGAGAAGUCCCAAAAUGAUAUUCGGGCUUGUUUGUCUGUCCUACACUUUUUUAAGUCGCAAGACAAGGCUGUGACGUUAUCAGAUGUGCACAAGACAAGCGUCGGACAAAAAGACAUUCAAAAGGGGAUUUUUUCGGUUUGGCGGGAUAUUUUCCUAAUUGAUAAAGCGAACGGAGACAGUUUGAAGGCCCGAAUGUCGGGGGUUUUGAACGUAGUUAACGCCUUCGGUGACUACGAAAAAAUCGCCCAAGGCGUGUUUGAAAAUUACCCGAAUUUGAAAUUCAAAAAUACAUCCAUGGUUGAAACCUGCCUGGCCUUGGAUUGGUUCGGCUUUUCCGAUAUUGUAAACAAGUCAAUUUAUUCGACCCAAAACUACAAUUUGGGGAGCUAUUUGCCGUUCGCUUGUGUCGUUUGGCACUUUGCUUUCGGGAGCCGGAGCUGGCAGAAGUUGCAGUACCCGAGCGCGGGAUACGAGGCCAGAACCAAGCAGAACAGACAGAAAGCGAUCGUCAAUGAAUUGAUGCGUGGAAUGCAACCGGCGAUACGAUCCCACGUCCAACCAAAUUCCCUAAUCCUUGACAUUUUACCCCUGCUCACAACAAUCAUCACGCCGGCGUUUAGACAAAUCAGCCUGCAUUUGUACACCGAAGAAGAGAAAAAGAGCUUAGAUAACGUGGUCAGGAUUAUGGUCGAUUACAACCUCAGCUAUGUGCAGGAGAGGACUGCGGACGGGGGAUAUGACUACAAGUUGGACCCUAACAUCGACGAGCUGGUGUCCUUCGGCCCCAAAAAAUCCCUCUCCUACUCCAACAAGCAGCUCAUCGCUAAAGAGAUCGAAACUGCGAAAAUGCGCCGUUUCGAACCCGUCCAGCCUGAGCGUUCCGCCGCCCCCAUGCCCAACCACCUCCAGACGCUGAAGGCGAAGUCCGUGUGCGGCGUGGAAAUGCCGGCGGUGGUGAGGGACUUUUUCGGCCGCGUGGUAACGAAGGCUUCAUCGUCAUCAGGAAAACCGCAGACGAGGAACGACGUCUGGUUCAAGUACAAGGAGGGCUACAGCAACGCCGUCCGGAAACCAAUAAAAAUAUCCACUCUCAAGAGACUCCAAGCCCUCCCGCUCCCUGCUCCUUCCACCAUUUCGAGCCGUGUCCCGCCCGCAAUGUGCUUCCAUCUCUAGUUCCGUAGCCCAAGUUCGCGUGUUUCACACCUUCAUCCUCGGUUUUCGGCGUCGCGACGCGCGUCUUUCUUCCCCACCGCCGUUUCGCCGCGUGAAUGCGCGUCUGUUUCGGGACGCUGUGCUUCUCGUCGAGGCUGACCGCUAACGACGAGGAAGCCGCCCCAGGUCUCGUUGGUGCCGCGACGGUGACGAC